AUGCUAAAGGACGACCUCAGCAGAGUAACGUAUCUUGGAAAACCGUCCGGCGCCUGCUGCUUGGAAGGAAACAUACACUCCGGCAGCCCACGAGGCUCAUUUGUCACUAUUUCCGGUGUCGAGACGUAUAUUUCAAAACCACCCGAAAGGAAAUCCAACGGCUACCCGGUGUGGAAGCAUCGGAAGGACCGGCACGACAGGACAACGGAACCUGAUUUUGACUAUGAGGCGUGGAAGAAGAAACAUACUUCUUUUGCGAAAGAAGUAGUGCCGAAGUGGGUGGCGGCUGUAAAGCAAGAGUACGGGAAACCAGCAACAAAGUACGCCUGUGUGGGAUACUGUUUCGGCGCGCCAUACGUCUGCGAUGAGCUUGCUGGGGACCUCUGUUCUGCUGGUGUGUUUGCACACCCGGCAUUCCUCAAAGAGCAUCAUUUUAGAGAUUUGAAGAAGCCACUGCUUUUGAGUUGCGCGGAGGUCGAUCAUACAUUUGAUACGGAGAGCAGGAACAAGGCGGUGGAUAUCAUGGUUGAGGAGAAAAAAUCAUAUCAGUUGCAAUUGUUUUCGGGUGUGGCGCAUGGGUUUGCCUUGAGGGGGGAUAUGGGGGACAGCUAUGAGAGGUAUGCCAUGACACUACUAAAAGCAUUCGACUUCACGGGCGAAGUCGCCAUUGUGACGGGUGCCGGAUCUCGCAUGCCAGGUGAAAUAGGCAACCGCCGGGCAACCGCAAUUCUGCUUGCACGACAAGAAGGCGGGAUUUCAGAGGUCAUUCGAACCGAUGUCACGGAUCAAGAGUCCUGUCGGAGAGCUAUGGCAAGGGCUGUCAAGCUAUUUGGUACCAUUCACAUUCUUGUGAAUAUCAUCGGUGUCGGUGGUGCAAUCGGCGAUGCAACAAAAGUCGAUAUUGACGCCUGGGAUCGCGACCUCCGGAUAAAUUUGACGUCAACGGUGCUCGUGGCGCGCCACUGCAUCUCCGUCUUUCGCCAAAAUGGUCGAGGAUCGAUCGUCAACAUGGGAAGGGGGAUGAUGGGGGAAAUGAGGAAGGUAAGGGUGAGUCAGAAUCUGAUGGGCGUGGAAGGGAGUGCCUGGGAUAUCUUAUUAUUAUGUAGUAAGGAGGCAAAAUGGACUACUGGGGGAAUUCUACCAGUGGAUACUGGGACGACGGCAGGCAAGGCGGGUAGACCAGUGUUGAACGAGGAUGUUUUGGCGGAGAAAAAUACGGGAACUCGAAACAGCAAAUUGUGA